AUGGACCCCCAGCAGCUACACGACCUCAUCGUGCUUGCGUUCAAGACGCGGGACCGCGCGUACGCGCCCUACUCCAAGUUCCGAGUCGGCGCAGCUCUCCUCACAGAUAUAGGUCCCGUGGGGGGAUGUAAUGUCGAGAACGCGAGCUAUGGCGGGGGUAUAUGUGCCGAGCGGACGGCCGUGACCAAGCUGGUGUCCGAGGGCGGCAGGCGCAUCCUCGCCGUCGUGGUCGUCUCUGACGUGCCCGCGCCCACCACGAGUCCAUGCGGUAUUUGCCGACAGGUACUGCGCGAGUUCUGCGCCCUCGAUGUGCCGGUAUACAUUGUCAGUUCCGCAUUCGAGGGCAAGGCGGUGGGAAGUAUUACUGCUGGCGAGCCGUGGCCAAGUAUGGAUAAGGAGAUGGGCGUGCGGAUGACACUUGGAGAGCUGCUGCCCCUCAGCUUUGGGCCGGAGAGUCUCAUGUGA